CUCAACAAGAGAGCAGAGAAGAAGAAGCGCCUCGCAGGCUCCUCAUGCUCACAAACGCAGCAUCCCAACUCUUUCCUCUCUCCUGUGGACGUCAUUAGAACCCCGCCGCUCCGACAGGAUGGACUUCUUGGACAUGCGCUCACCUUAUGACUACACGUUUAAUUUCUGGAACGACUACCUCGGGUUGUCUACGCUUGUUGCCAAAAGCAAGAUCAACAGCCCGACCUGCAACCCGAACUCCAUCACCGAGUCUCUGAAAGCGACUCUGGGUUUGGAGGACGACUCCCCGGUUUGUUCCUGCCUGACCGGCCAGGCCAGAGACGCGGACGGAGCCCUGGACAGCUGCUGCUGCUGCUGCUGCUGCGGGGCGCCCGCGGGCUCCCCGCCGAUCUCCAUCUACGACCUGAAGGAGCGCAUCUCCCUCCUCAGACCGUACGAGCCGCUGGGGGGCGGCGAGUCCCCCUCACACGGCGGGGGCUUCGCCGCCUUCGACCUGUUCUCCGCCGAGCCGCGGCGCAAGCAGACUCAGAGGGGCAAGUCGGAGCCGAAGGUGUGCGUCUUCUGCCGGAACAACGGCGCGCCGGAGGAGGUUUACGGCACCCACAUCCUGAAGACGGCGGACGGGCGGGUCCUGUGCCCGAUCCUCCGGGCGUACACCUGCCCUCUCUGCAGCGCCAACGGCGACAACGCGCACACCAUCAAGUACUGCCCGCUUUCCAAGGACCAGGCGGGCCAGAGGGUCCCCAAGGGGGCCAGAGCGUUCGGCAAAAGACUGAAGAUAUUUUAAGCAAGAGGCAGGAAACAAAGAAGAAGAAAAAAGAAGAAGAAGAAGCUUAAGUUGCACUGGAGUUAACAGAGAACGACUUGAAGAGAAAAUCUUUUGCUCUUAAAUGCUUUGGUCUAUAUAUUGUAACUGAGCACAUAGUUCACUCCCGGACGCAUUGUGCGUCACAGUCACCCCUCCCCCCACCCUUCUCCCCCCACCCUUCUCCCCCCACCAGCACUCUAAAGACAAGAACCAAAGUGUCCAGCUCGACCUGUGAAUGACCACUUCCAUGCUGCCAUGUGAAGUCCGACCAGACGGCCCUGUGCAUGCGUCCAGCUCAAACGGAAGUGAAUAUGCAGAUCUUUCUUUCUCUCACUCUCUCUUUCUCUCUCUCUCUUUCUUUAGGUGAAUGUCUGUCCACUGGUCUGUGGACGUAAGGAGUCUGAUGCAAACACUUCCUUACAUUCAGCACAUAUUUUCCUGAGAUAAACAGUUUUUUUUCUACCAAAGGAAUACACUUUUAUAUCGAUACUUAUACCGCGAAGUGAUUUUUCUGGACUGUUUAUAUUGUUGGAUGUCUUAUAUUGUAUGUGAAUUGCAGUGAUUACAAAUUGAAGCUAAUUGUACAACAGAGGGGGAAAUAAAAUUUAACAUGACAUGCGAUUUCCCCCCCCCCCCCCCCAAACCAGUUCCCCUUUAUGUCCAAGAAUGAUGAAAGAAAAAUUGUUGUUUGUUUGGUUUGUUUUUUAAUGUGGGGUGAAGAAAAAAAAGUUGUGGAUUCUUGUAAAUGUAUAAAUAAUUUUAGAGAUGAAAAGCUUGACAUUCCAAAGUCUUUAAAGUGUCAAUAGAAACGUUUUAUGUACUUAUUUUUACCUGAUGUGUUCACUGGGGAAUAUAUUCACUGUUCGAAACUUCUGAAUAAACACGUGAUUUGCAGAUAA